AAACAUUUUUCUUAAAUAAUAUAGAUUUAUAAAAUUGAAUAAGAAACAAUAUGUUGAAUGAAAUAGAUAUUGAUGAUAAGAUUCCUUUGGAAUCAACAGAAGAGUUUGAUAUUAUCAAAUCAUUAGACAAAGAUGUGAUUGCAAUGGAUCUUGUUAAGAAGACACCUUUUACACCAGAAACUAAUUUAAUGACAAUUGAAAAAAUCCCACAAAGUUUGUGUUAUAAAAUUUUAAAAAAAGUUCAAGAGUUUUUGUCAGUUAAAGCCCUACCACUCUUUUUGUUAAUUGGUGUGAUGUUAGGUGCCUUUAUACCUCAAAUUGGUGUAGCAAUUGACCAUAAAGCAACAACCGAUGUUUGUCUUGUUAUAAUGUUUCUUUAUAGUGGCUUGUACCUCAGUACUACAUCAAUAGUAGAAGCUUUUAAAGCGUACAAAGCUGCUGUUUGGGGUACUCUUAGUAUUCUCUGUGUAACAUGCAUCAUUGGUGCACAGUUAACUAGUCUUAUUUCAUUUCAUGGUCCAUCGAAUUUUAAAACCAACAUGUCAUUUUUGGGUCCCAUAAACAAGACAAACCAAAGCCUAUUAUCUGGAAAUGAGACAGCGAUUCAUAAUAUUGACUCAUUUAGGGCAGGUUUAAUUGUUUAUUUUUCCACACCUUGUACAGUUUCAAGUGGAAUCUUGAUGGUAACACAAAUUGGUGGUAGUACUGCAUUAGCUGUUAUGUUGACUGUCGUCACUAACAUUGUUGGAAUAUUUACUACACCUCUUCUUUUAAAAUGGAUUUUAACUACUGGAAGCCAAAUAAAACUUGAUGUUUUAUCACUUUUGCUCAAUCUUUCACUUUGCUUGUUAUUACCAAUAUUGGUUGGAAAAUCACUUCGGUUUAUAAAAUUUGUCAAAACUUUUUUAAGUAACCCAAAUCAUAAGUUUUUCCUAAUGUUAUGCAGCAUAACAGCAUUGGCCAUUAUAAUAUUGAUACAAGUGAGUAAAACAAGUUCUAACGGAGAAUUAAAGAAAUUAACAUUAAUCAGCACAUUAGCAGUUAUUGGAUGGACUCUUGCAAUGCAUUUCAUAUUUUUAUUACUUAAUGGUUUAAUAUCAUGGAUAUUACGGCUCGAAAGAAAACAGCUUAAGUGUAUUGUAGUUCUUGCAAGUCAAAAAACUGUAACUAUUGCUUCAGCAAUUUUUAUAUUUAUUCCUGCCGAAUUUGGUGAUCGUGGUUUAAUGGCUAUAGCCGUUGUUGUUGGACAUUUAUCAAUAUUAUUAUUCGAUUCUUUUCUUAUACCUUUUUGGUUAUAUAUUGAAAAGAAAUACAAAUGUUGUGGCGGUUCAGAAAAAUAAAAAUAAUUUAGCAAAUUUUCCAGCAAUUUUUUUAAAACAAAAAUGUUUAUAUAAUUUUGAUAAUAACCGGUUACUUAAAUUUUAUCUAAUUUUUAUCUUUUAUGAGGGACAAAGGUGCUAUUUUGUUAUGCAUUCUGU